AUGGCUCAUAGUAAUAGUAAAAGUGCUGCUUAUGAUUAUCUUAUUAAAUUAUUAUUAAUUGGUGAUUCAGGAGUAGGAAAAAGUUGCCUCUUGCUUCGUUUUUCUGAUGAUUCUUUUACACCUUCAUUUAUUACUACGAUUGGCAUUGAUUUUAAGAUUAGAACAAUUGAAUUGGAUGGAAAACGAAUCAAGCUUCAAAUUUGGGAUACUGCUGGCCAAGAACGUUUUCGUACAAUCACCACUGCAAUGGGAAUACUUUUGGUAUAUGAUGUUACAGAUGAACGUUCUUUCAACAAACAGCAUGCAAGUGAAGGAGUUAAUAAGAUCCUUAUUGGUAAUAAAUGUGAUUGGGUUGAAAAGAAAGUAAUUGCUAAAGAACAGGGUCAGGCACUUGCUGAUGAAUUUGGUAUUAAUUUCUUGGAAACCAGUGCUAAAGCUAACAUCAAUGUAGAAGAAGCUUUCUUCACUUUGGCAAGGGAUAUCAAGAAAAGACUUAUUGAUACACAUGCACAAGAACAACAAAAUCAUCAAAAUAAAAGACUUGAAUUGGAUAACAAGCAUCUUAAAGCCAACACUGGCUGCUAA